AUGUCGUUCAGCGAAGUAGGCAUCAUGAUGCAACAAGAGCCAUCAAGGCGAGCCGACGAGGAGCGAGAACUAGGAAUGGGCCAUGUGAAUAACCGCCUUUCUUUUAUAGCGCCAAAGUUCUCGCCAACACAAAUACCGCAAUCCAUGGGACCAGAGCAACACAACUUCCUCAACGAUAUAGCCUCUCACUUCGCCUCCUUUGAAACCGCCUGUCGAUCAGGCGACCUCCACACUGUUCACGCAGUCAUCUCCCCACAAACGCGCUCAAGCGCAUUCCUCCACCACGGCCUAAUACUCUCUCUCGAAUCCGGCCAUGUCGAUAUCGCCCGCUAUCUCCUCUCAAGCGGCGCCCCUAUCACCCCCAAUACACCUGUACACAUCCUCUCCGCACCACCAGAGCAACAAAUUGCGCUCUUUGAACUCCUCGCACAGUCAGGUUGGGGCCCGAAUAUCCCCGGCGAUUAUGGAACUGUCCUUUUGCCAAAGGUAGUAACACAUCUCCCAGUGUUGUGCUGGUUUCUUGCGCAUGGCGCAGAUCCAAAUUUAGGCGCACAUCAUGAUAGCAGUGAUGUCAGCGGUCAACCGAAUCCGCAAUCUUGUGCCGCGCUGGAAGCGGCCUCGGCGCGGGGCUCUGUCGAUGCGGUGCGGUUACUUUUAAAUGCGGGGGCGUCGAUUCAUUAUGGGACUCCGUUACAUUUUGCGGCGGGGGCUUGUUCGCCUGGGAUCAUGCCCAGGAGUGUUAUUAGCAAGGAAUUUGAUGCCAGUCGCAUUCCGAUCAUGGAAUUACUUGUUGAGCGGGGUGCGGAUGUGAAUCAGAUGGGUGAGUCGAGGGUGGUUGUGCAUCAUCCUAUUAUGUAUGCUGUUAUGGCUGGUGCGGUAGAGCGGGUUAGGUGGCUUCUUGAGCAGGGGGCUGAUCCUGAGGCGAGAGGGGCUUGGGGGAGUGCGGCGGAGUACGUUGAGAUGGUUGGAACUGACGAGAUGAAGAGUGUGUUAAGGCAAAGUAUGAUUGAGAGGUCGAAGGCGAAUGGGGGGCUAUUUGGGAAUCUUGCGAUGCGGUUCAAGGUUCGAUGA